UGAAGAGGCUCAAACGAUCCAAGCGUCCAAUUAGCGCGGAGGUGGAGCGCGCGGCGGAGCGCACAAGGAAGCGCGCACAGCUCGUGUUGUUUUCAGCUUUUCGGCGCACAGAAACCGGGAGUGUGUGUGUGAGAGAGACAGAAAGAGAGAUCGCGUGUGAGAUGAGUGUGUAAACGACAGGAGCAGCCAGAGAGGAGAGCGAUCAUGAUUGAGGUGUCGAUCCCGUCCACGGAGCGGGAAGUGGAGGACUCUGGGAAAACCAAAAAGCUUUUCAGGGUGGAAGUGCUGUUUAAUGAGAGGAAACACUUUGUGCUCAGAAGAAAUAGCGAAUUCCAGAGUCUCCACAGAAAGCUCAGGAAAAUCAUCCAGACUCCGGAUUUCCCGAGUAAAAGAAACCCCCACCUGAGGACCAAACCCCUGGAGCAGAGGAGGCAGGAGCUGGAGGAUUACCUCCAGGAGAUCAUCUAUCAGAAUGAGGAUGUGCCGCAGGUGCUGCUGGACUUCCUCCACCUCAAACACUUCCACACGGGGAACAAGGUCGGCAGCGUGGAAUCUCUUGAUGACCUGGACAGCCAGGAUUACAUCUAUCAGGCGCCACAUCAGCGAGUGAUGGGAUUCUUCCACGACCCGUAUCGCUCCGGCCGCACGUCAGGUCUCCCGGACGUCGUCGCUGACGGGGUUCUGCAGGGUUUCUACACGCGGGACGUCCAGGUCAGCUUCUCCGCUCCGAGGCCAGUUCCUCCUGCAGAGGCCUGAAACAGUCUGAAGGAUCCCCGAACGCCGCUGGCUGACGUGCCUGAGCCCUGCGGGGGAGGAACCCAGCAGCACGCCGCUCAUCUUAAAGACAAUUAGAUUUUUACCAAGAUCUGACUCUUGAGCUUCAGACGUGGGAAUCACCUCUAAAGCAAAACUUUAACUGACAUUAUCACAUUUUUCAAGCUAUAAAGUGUCUUUGUUUGUUGUUUUCAUUGUUUUUAUAGAUUACAGUUGUCAGUUUUUUGGGUUAAAUAGUUCUCAGGUCAUUACAUUAAGCAUGAGUGUACAAUUUCUACCAUUUUAACUUGAAAGUCAUGUAAAUAUGUAGCAUUUUUUAAAGCAACACAUUUUUGUAUACUUGUACUUUAAUAUCCAG